GGUGGUGCAACUGGUCAUUUGGGUCCAAGGAAGGAUGCAAAGGGUAGGAGCUGUGAAUGGAGGGGAGGAAAAGUUACUCACUUGAGAGAAUUUUUCUAACAGGCAACAAGUGCUGUUUGUAAGGAUGUUUUUUCCCUCCAUAGAUCCUUCUGAUUUUUAAGUGCUGUAUUUUUGGGUCUGGGCACAGGAAGUGGCUCUAAGGAGCAGCAAAGCAAAACCUCCCCUCUCUGGCACCGCCUAGGAGCGCCCCAAGGGAUGAGGGAGAGGACGGGGCAGUCAGGCAAGGGUUAGGGAGGGAAGCAAAGGCAGAGGCCCAGAACAGCUCCGGGAAAUGUUUGUAUUUCUCCACCGGGAGGGAGAACAAACAAGCUUUUUUUCUUCGUGGCUUCUGGGUAGCUUUGCUUAAUCUGCAGCUCAGAGAAAGUCUGAGGAGAAAGAGAGGCUGAAAAUAAAAACCAUCCUGGGGCAGAACCCAUCAACUCGUCUCCAGCAUGAUUCUCAUCGGACCUGUGAGCCGUUCCCCAGAAAUGACCGCUUGGGUGAAGCUACCUGCGUUUCAAAGCCCCGUGGCGCUACAUGCUUCGGCUCUCGGGGAGACAGGCAGCUUGUGACCCAGGCUUCUGGGAGAGGACCACCCCGAGUCUCUCAUUUCCUGGCUGAAGUUUCUGUUCUCCAUGCAGUGGCCACCUCCACCCACGUGUGCAGGACUCGCAGCCCAGGGUGAAGAAGCUGGAAACACAGCAGCUGGGUGAGUGGUAGUUUCAGAUAAGCAGCUGAGUUGUUGCGGGAUCGCCACAGCCCGGCGCACGGAACACCGGCCCUCUGUCCACCAUGGACAACGGGUCGUGCUGCCUGAUCCAGGGGGACCCCAUCUCCCAGGUGAUGCCGCCACUACUGAUCCUGGCCUUCGUGCUCGGUGCCCUGGGCAACGGCAUCGCCCUGUGCGGUUUCUGCUUCCACAUGAAGACCUGGAAGCCGAGCACUAUUUACCUCUUCAAUUUGGCUGUGGCCGACUUCCUUCUCAUGAUCAGCCUGCCCUUUCGGACAGACUACUACCGCAGGCACAGACAAUGGGCUUUUGGGGACAUUCCUUGUCGGGUGGCGCUCUUCAUGCUGGCCAUGAACAGGGCUGGGAGCACCGUCUUCCUCACGGUGGUGGCUGUGGACAGGUAUUUUAAAGUGGUCCACCCCCACCAUACGGUGAAUUCCAUCUCCAACCGGACUGCGGUUGGCAUCGUCUGUGCCCUCUGGACCAUGCUCAUCCUGGGGACUCUGUAUCUUCUGAUGGAGAACCAUCUGUGCACGCAGGGGAAGACCAUAGCUUGUGAGAGUUUCAUCAUGGAGUCGGCCAACGGCUGGCAUGAUGUCAUGUUCCAGCUGGAGUUCUUUCUGCCCCUUGGCAUCAUCUUGUUUUGCUCCUUCAAGAUCAUCUGGAGUCUGCAGCAAAGGCAGCAUCUGGCCAGGCAGACUCGGAUGAAGAAGGCUAUGCGGGUCAUCAUGGUAGUGGCAGCUGUGUUCAUCACCUGCUACCUGCCCAGCGUGGCGGCUAGACUAUAUUUCCUCUGGACGGUGCCCUCCAGUGCCUGCGAUUCCUCUGUCCACGUAGCCCUCCACAUCACCCUCAGCUUCACCUACAUGAACAGCAUGCUUGACCCCCUGGUGUAUUAUUUUUCAAGUCCCUCAUUCCCCAAAUUCUACACUAAGCUCAAAAUCCGCAGUUUGAGACCUAAGCGUCCAGGACACUCCAAGAGGCCAGAGGAGAGGCCAAUUUCAAACCUUUGUCACAGGAGUUGCAUCAGUGUGGCAAACAGCUUCCAAAGCCAAUCCAAUGUGCAGUAGGAUCUCCAAAUUUGAUAAAUGGCACCAGGACAGACAGACUGACAAAACCAAAGAGGACCGACUGGCAACUUAGAAAUGAUCCAUGCUGAGGGGUGGGGAGCUUUGAAAAUGCCAUUCUUUCUUAGCUGUGUCCUCCUCACUCUGCUGAAAAUGAAAUUCAGAUCACUA